ACAAGAAAUGCCACCUUCUCUUGGCUUCUCUCUCUAUACUAUGACUAUCUCUCUCCCCCUAGAAAAACGUCUCUCUUUUUAAAGCCUCCUUCGACCAUUUGUUUCCCUCUGAAUUUGCCGGAGAGAAAGGGAGGGAGGUUCAAGUAAAAGCCAAAGAUUGAAUAGAUUUUCAUCAUUAUACAUGGAUGAAUAUUCUGGCAAGAGAGCUGUUGAUGGGGUGGUUAUCACUAGAAAGGGAUCUGCCCUGGCAUUGAGAGAUGCUGCGAGUAGUAGAGAUCGAAAUGCUCAAUUCUGCAGCCGAAUUGGAUGCAGUGGCAGACCCAACUCGUUGAAAGGUACCCGAGUGAUUGGCUCAGAAAAAGGAAAAUCUUCAAGGCCCUCAUUUAGGUUCUCUUCUAACGGCAAGGAAAUAAUAGGAAAUUCAUCCAGGGGUUGUUCUGCGAUCAACACCUCAAAAAAGUCCCUUGCUGAACCUCGAAAGAGGCUGACCACUCGGCUAGAAACAGAUUCAUCUGAAACUAGUAGUGUGCAGGAUGAACCUGAAUUUCCCGAUCCUAGAACUCCUCUUGAAAAAACUCAAAGAGGGCUCCAACCUAGAUCUGAAGGUGGUGAAUCUAGUGAGGUUACAUCUGUUGAAUUGGGGAGCUCAAGUGUAGCAUUAAAUACAAGAUCUAGGAAAAAUUUCCCUCAAAGAUCAGGAUUGGGCAAUACAAAUAGUCCAGUUGGUCCCUCUGUUUCUUCAGCACCUAGAAGCACCAGCAACAAUGCCCGAGCUAAUGCCAGUAGAUAUGGUAUGAAAAAUUUCAAAUGCAAUUCUAUAGCUGAUUUCAUACCUUCCGGUUGUUCAUCAUCAGAAACUAAUGCUAGUAGAAAGAAAGAUCCAUUGAAAAAGAGAAAUUGUGAAGGAGAAAGUAGUUCCUCUGCCAGGGGAAAGAAGAUGACCGGGUCAUCAGCGGAUGGGCAGAAUUCUAUACCGAGCCAUGGCAUAUCCAUCUCAGAUUCAAGGCGGGCCAGAAAUUUCCCUACUAACCGGGAUAAUGGGAUUCCAUCAGUUAGGAAUCGGAGAUCUUUCAAUGGUUACACGAGGACAAGAGUUGCCAGUCAAGAAAAUAGAGAAAAUAGAAACAGUUUCUCACAAAAUGAGUUCUCUCUUGUUCCCCAACAAAUUCCACAAUCAGAUAUAACCAUUGACUUCAAUGAUCCUAGCUCUUCGCACCAGUUUUCAUUGGAGGCCUCCUCAAGUCUCUCAAGCUCUUACGAUCGACUGGGAAAUAGCAGUGAGUAUAUGAGAGGUAUUAGGCCAGCGAGUCCAGCAGAAGGUGGAAUGCGCUCUUUGAUCAAUCGAGAGAGCUUCCGACGCUACAAUAUGGAUGGAAUUGCAGAGCAGGUGUUACUGGCACUUGAGAGGAUAGAGCAAGAUGAAGAACUCACAGGCGAGCAAUUACUAGUUUUGGAAACAAGCUUGUUCCUCAAUGGACUUAACUUUUAUGACCAGCAUAGAGAAAUGAGACUGGAUAUCGAUAAUAUGUCAUAUGAGGAAUUAUUAGCCCUAGAAGAGAGAAUGGGUUCAGUUAGCACAGCAUUGACAGAGGAAGCAUUGUCUACAUGCCUUAAGACUAGCAUUUAUCAGUCAACACCUAUUGAGGAUGUGAUUACAGUCUGUGGUGGGGAUAAAAAUGAUGUUAAGUGCAGUAUUUGCCAGGAAGAGUACAGAGUUGGCGAUGAAGUGGGAAAGCUGGGAUGCGAGCAUAGGUACCAUGUUACGUGCAUACAGCAAUGGUUGCGGCUGAAGAAUUGGUGCCCCAUCUGUAAGGCAUCGGCCUCUACACCUCCGUGAAGUAUUGGGUGGGUGCAGGGCUGACCGCUCAUCUCAUCUGAUAUUGUACAAAUUAUAUUUGCCGGCUCCCUCAUUUCUUCUUUUAAUUCUUCUUCUUGUACAUAACAAAUAAUCUCUUCGAUUGAACUAAUAAGCCUACACACUGUUGGCUCUUCCACGUGCCCCUUAAAAUGGUAAACUGUGAAUGGAUUUGCUCACAGAUUGCUGCUGCUAUUUCAGCUUGACCUUCAUAUAAAAUCUUGAUGCAUUUUGAUGUUCA